AUGGAUCCAAUUGCUUCGGUUAUGGAGAAAGCGAAGUGCUUUGCGAAAUCGAGCCAGGACUUAGUCUCCCGCCACUUCGGCUUCCAUGAGAACCCUUCUCGCCAGAAUCCGGUAUCUUCAUCAAUCCCCGUUAAUUUAAGCAUCGGCAUUGUUGUUCAGCCACUUCCCUUCGUCUUCAUAAGUUUCCUAAGGCGUGGCACUGGUAUGGAUUCUGAACCAUCGGCACAGGAGAUGAGCAGAGGAGGCAUGAAGCAUGUGCCGUGUAGCUCCGUUGCUUUGAAGCUAGACUCUCAGAUGGACGAGUCUACGAGAGUUGGGGGAUGGAUUGAAGUUCAGAACUCAAGAGAGAAGCAAGUGAAAUGGUCAGUGUCUAUUACAGACAAACCAGAGGAUGAAGUGGGCUGGGGCAUGAGCGUUGGUGGUUCAAGAAACCAUGAUCGGUUUCAGGUUGAGUCGUUUCUGAAAUUCAACGUAGGCCAUAGGUUUAGCUUAAGUCGAGGUCUUGUUUAUCACACAAACAGUAACGGAAGAGCCGUAGGUCUUAUGCUUCAGUCUCAUUGGUCUCUUUGA